GAGAAGAGUUGAGACAACCAAUCAAAUCUCCAACAAUCAACACAGAAGAAGAAACAGCAUAAUGGAUGUCAGGCUAAUGGGUUUCGAUGGUCCUUUAAUUUCGACGCUGCAACACAUGUUGGACGGCUCCGACGAGGCGGAUAAGUCCUUCAACGCGCCCACUAGAACUUAUGUUCGAGACGCCAAGGCUAUGGCAUCCACCCCUGCGGACAUCAAAGAGUACCCCAACUCAUACGUCUUCAUCAUCGACAUGCCAGGUCUCAAGUCCGGUGACAUUAAGGUUCUGGUUGAAGACGACAAUGUGCUUCUCAUUAGCGGAGAGCGAAAGCCAGAGGAGGAGAAAGAUGGGGCAAAGUAUGUGAGGAUGGAGCGCAGGGUGGGCAAGUUCAUGAGGAAGUUCGUGUUACCUGAGAAUGCCAACACAGAAGCCAUCUCUGCCGUCUGCAAGGACGGUGUUCUCACCGUUACCGUCCAGAAGCUACCUCCGCCGGAACCCAAGAAGCCUAAGACUAUCGAGGUCAAGAUCGCCUGAGGAUUUCAUUUUCUGGGCUUCUAUGUUAUGGGACGCAAGGCUGUUACGAGUAACAGGGGAGAUCCAAUAAACGUUAAUACAGAGGGCUUGGGGUUUUUAGUGUAUUAGUGUUUGUGUGUGAGCUUUCUUUUCUUGUUUCUGGUUUUCUAAAGUACUUUUUUGGGGUUCAUGGUCGUCUUCUGAUAA